AUGCUUCCGAUGGCGAAUAAGUGGACGUUGUGUCUCCUACUCUUUCUGGGGGUGAAGGGCUCGGCUGGCGAGAUCCAACACGCUCAUGCACCGAACCGCAACGAGACGACAAUAAUCGAUCCGGUCUGCACUGGCAACGUCACGGUGUUUGACACGACAACUCUCCUCGAGUCGACAGUUCUGUCCAAGACAAAUUAUGUCUACGUCAAUGUCACAAGUACAAGCGUGGUUGAGGUCUGCAUCACGGUGCCCACGACGACCACGCUUCACUACACCAUUUCGACCACCGAGGUAGACUCGUAUACCGUCUCGACCACCGAGGUAGACUCGUACACUGUUUCAACAACCGAGACAGACUCGACGACGAUCACGAACUCGGCAACCGUCACAAACACCGAGACAACUACGCAGACCGUGCCUGCGACCAUUACGACAUAUACCACGACAACGGUCUUGUCCACCAAGGUGGACCCAUGCCCGACAGAAUGCAGCAUCUCCGUCGAAACCGUCAACCUGUACUUCUGGCCUACCAAUAGGCCUUAUACUUACCCUUCGACCUGGUUUGACGAGUCCCUGGGAUACACCUUCACUUCGCCCUCCGUGUACAUGCUGAUCCCCACGGCUCAAGGCACCAACUCUCUGGGGCCGACUGGACCUGCCACCUCGAAGUGGAUUCUCCCACUCGAACUCGACGAGGUUUCCACCAUUGCCGAUGGUAGCGUCACCCGCCAGCUGACCCUCAGCGACCUAGGCACAGACUGCCCCCAGACAGCCGAGCCCUCAGCCAUCGCCACCAUGGUGGACCCGCGGUGUGACCCCAUCCUCGCGGCCCCGAAGCAGGUCAGCUCAUGGGCGUACCCCUGCAACGCGUGCGGCCGUUUCGGUCUCUUCGACCCCCCGUAUGCAGUCCCGACGGUCACCGGUCUGUUCCCAACGACGACGGCGACGCCACCUCCUCAGGAAACCACUGCUCCGCCUACCCCGACAGCGACCACACCGCCAACUUCAUCACCCCCAGCUCCACCAUCUUCAGCGCCCGAGACCUCAUCGUCGGCACUACCGACCCCGUCGGUGAUUCCAUCAGUCUCUUCUGUGCCCUCGGUUGUUCCUACAGCGGCUGCCUCUAGGGUCACGGGUGAUUUUGCAUGGCUGAUUGUGGGUGUUUCAUUGGUGAUGGUUUUCAUGUAA